UACUUGUUUCUUUAAUUGAGGAUAUUGGGCUGAAGCCAAGUGAUACGUUCCAACGACUUGUCCAUACCUAGAUUUUGUAAUGAAACAUAAGAUAUAGUUUACCCUUGCUUGGUUAAACUAGGGUAUAGUUUAUCUUCGUCUGAUAAAAUAAUAACAAUUUAGUUGGUGAGAGCCUUACCCCAAGUCAUAUCUCUUUCUCUUACCACAAGAUUACCCUUGCUUGGUUAAGUUAUAUAGUUGUUAAAAUUUGAAAGAGUGUUUUUUCCCUUUUUUAUAACCAUUGAAAUUUAGAACAUUAUACCUAUAUUUAGUUGGUAAGAGCCUUACCCAAGAAAUUUAUUAUUUGGAAAUUCAGUGUUUUAAAAAUUAAUAUUUUGUAAAAAAAAAAAAAUUAAUAUUUUGUACCAAAUGAAUUUUGAAUUCAAAGAACAAAAGAACAACCCUUUGUACUAACCACGUUAUGAUAAUCUAAAAAAAGUUAACUGCAUUAGAAUAAGCCAAGCCAUGACUUUGGUGAGAAUUCAAUCUAAUUCCUUUUAAAGUAGUUUCACACUUGACACUUCUUAUUUUAUUUUUUCAUAACAGCUUUCUCUAAAGUUUAUCAUAUAAAAUAAUUACACGAUUUAACCAUUUCUCAAAGUAUAGUUAGAAAAAUGAAAAAUGUUGAACUAACACAAAAGAGGCAGCUUCUUGAGGUUUUCUAGUGAAACGAUAAUACCUUUUUGAUGUUUCGUUGACGCAUGUUCAUAGGAAGAUCCAGUAUGUAACAUUUAUUUGUUUAUUUUUCACUUUAACGAAUCAAGAUUCCUUCAAAGUUCGACGUUUUCCUUUUCAUUAUAAAACUAUUAAUCCUUGACUAGCACAACACAGUCUCUGUCAUCGUCUUCUUCUUACUUUCACCGUUUUCCAUCUUUCUCCUACUUCAUCUUGGCAAGCUCGUCAAGAACAUGGCGUCUCCAAACGAAAAGGACGAGUUUCCCAUUCUUCUUCCAGUUUCAGAAGCAAGACCUCGUGCUAACACCAGGGCUCUCAACUCGAGGAAUCGUAGCGUUUCCUUCUCUAGCUCAACUUACUCCACUAACAGAGUUGACAACUCAAGUGUUGUUUUAGGCUACACAGGCCCUCUUCGAACACAGAGAAGACCACCUCUCUCGGUGCAAAUGAGUGGUCCUCUUUACUCUACUCGCAGACCUGAUCAGUCUUUCUUCCCUGCCUCUCCUGUUCAACCUCCUGACUCCUCCCUCUCUUCCUCUACCGUUGAUGUUCCUUCUGAAGAAGAUGAAGUCGUCUUGAAAAACGCAAAUCUAUUGAAAUCUGGACAGCUAGGGAUGUGUAAUGAUCCUUACUGUACUACUUGUCCUUCUUACUACAACCGCCAAGCUGCUCAGUUUCACACUAACAGGGUAGUUUCUGACUCCAGGUUCCGCACUGCUCUGUAUGAUGAUGCUAGAGGCUGGGCUAAGCGAUUUGCUUCCUCUGUUCGUAAAUUGAUACCUGGAAUCAUGAAUCCUCAUUCCAAAUUCGUCCAAAUGUGGACUCGUUUCUUAGCCUUUUCAUGCUUGGUGGCUAUCUUUAUAGAUCCCGCCUUUUUAUUCCUUUUAUCAAUCCGACAAGACAAGAAAUGCAUAGAGAUUGAUUGGCCUAAGACAAAAGUAUUUGUGUCUCUGAGAAGUAUGUCGGAUCUUAUAUUCUUCAUUAACAUUCUGCUUCAGUUUCGUUUGGCCUAUGUAGCUCCUGAGUCUAGAAUAGUUGGUGCUGGCCAGUUAGUUGAUCAUCCAAGAAAAAUUGCUCACAAUUACUUUCGAGGAAAGUUUUUUCUUGACCUGUUGAUAGUCUUACCUAUGCCACAGAUAAUGAUAUUAUCGAUGCUACCAGCACACUUAGGCACACCCAGGUCAGAAUUUGAGAGGAACAGUAUACGCAUCGUAUUUCUAUUUCAGUACAUUCCAAAGUUAUAUAGGCUUCUUCCACUUCUUGCUGGACAAACACCGACAGGGUUCAUCUUUGAGUCAGCUUGGGCUAAUUUUAUUAUUAAUCUUCUUACCUUCAUUCUUGCUGGUCAUGCUGUUGGUUCUUUCUGGUAUCUUGCAGGGCUUCAGAGAGUUAAGAAAUGCUUGUUACAUGCUGGGAAUUUUUCGAUGGAUAAACGUAGAAAUCUUAUAGACUGUGCUCGUGGGAAUAUGUAUGAAUUGGAGUCACGUCGAGUUCUCUGGAGAGGUAGUGAGAGUGUUAAUGCUUGUUUUCAAGAGGGUGGCUUUUCAUUUGGGAUCUAUUUGAAGGCAGUUAAUCUUACUACUCAACCUAAUAUCUUCACAAGAUUCAGUUUCUCUCUGUUUUGGGGAUUCCAGCAAAUAAGCACACUUGCUGGCAAUCAAACCCCAACUUACUCAGUAGGGGAGGUUUACUUUACAAUGGGCAUCAUUGGACUGGGGCUUUUGCUUUUUGCUCGGCUUAUCGGUAAUAUGCACAACUUCCUUCAAGCUCUUGAUAGAAGGAGGAUGGAAAUGAUGCUGAGACGGCGUGAUGUGGAGCAGUGGAUGAGCCAUAGACUGUUGCCAGAGGAUAUAAGAAAGAGGGUGCGAGAGGCUGAGCGGUUCAAUUGGGCUGCUACCAGAGGAGUUAAUGAGGAGCUGCUUUUUGAGAAUAUGCCUGAUGACCUUCAGAGAGAUAUAAAACGCCAUCUCUUCAAGUUUCUCAAGAAGGUGAGAAUAUUUUCGUUGAUGGAUGAAUCAAUCUUAGAUGCCAUCCGUGAGAGGCUGAAACAAAGAACAUACAUAAGGAGCAGCACGGUGUUGCACCGCAAAGGUCUAGUUGAAAAAAUGGUAUUUAUAGUGAGAGGUGAGAUGGAGAGCAUUGGAGAGGACGGUUCUGUUCUGCCAUUGUCAGAAGGAGACGUUUGUGGUGAAGAACUCCUCACUUGGUGCCUCGAACGCUCUUCUGUGAACCCUGAUGGGACGAGGAUAAAGAUGCCGACAAAAGGAUUGGUUAGCAACAGAAAUGUUAGGUGUGUGACAAACGUGGAGGCGUUCUCGCUGAGUGUAGCAGAUCUUGAAGAUGUAACGAGCUUGUUCUCAAGAUUCCUAAGAAGCCAUAGAGUGCAAGGAGCCAUAAGGUAUGAGUCUCCUUAUUGGAGGCUACGAGCAGCUAUGCAGAUUCAAGUGGCUUGGAGAUACCGAAAGAAACGACUUGAGAGAUUACUGUUACAGGAUAACAGAGUGAUGAAAGAGAUAACUUGAUGCACGUGGACGCAGCUAAGUGGAGGAGAAUACUUUAUAGUGGACUUGUUUUUAUCGUGUGCAAUGUCGAUGGACAUAGGUUGAUUGUUCGUAGUUUUUAGACUAGUUUUUGGUUAUUAUUUUUUCAAAAAACAUUUUUCUUUAGUUUUACCUUUUAGUUUUUUGUUUUUGUAAAAAUCAUUUCAUUUGUCAAUCAAGAUUUUUAACAAAUAGAUUCCCUAAAAUUUAGGGAAACUAGUUUUCGAAAA